AUGCACACUGUGGUGCCACACUUCCCUCUCUUUCCGGCUGGGUUACUUUUCCACGGUUUCCCUCUUCUUUGCUUCCUCUGCCUCUGCUUUGCCGCCUCAGCUGUCGAAGCGGCGAUGGAGGAGGUGCGGGAUGGGAUCAAUUAUGCCUGGAAAGGGGCAAUGCGUGGGGCGAAGCGGGGCCUGAAGCUUACCAAGAAUGUUUUGCGCAGCAUCCCUGUUGACAGGCUGCGCGUGCCAGGCAAGCACGGUGUGGUGAGUCGCUCCGGGGCGCUGCGGCGCCUUUUCCAGCUGCGGUACGGCGCCCAAAUAGACAACGGCCGCGGCGAGCGUGUCGCGGCGGUGGAGACGAGCGACGUUGAGUCGGAGGAGGACGAGCCCCUCACCGACCAGCAGCUGCACGAGUACGUCGACAAGAAGUACUUUGACAAGUCCUACGAGGCGAUGAAGGACGAGAUUGCGCACAUGGAGGUCGUCGACGGCAGCGGCUACGCCGCCGACGACGCGCAGCAGCAGCGGCAGCGGCAGGCCACGGAGGCAGCGAUACGUGAGCUGCGGCGGAAGUGUGACAUUGUGAGCGCCACGCUGAAGAAGCGGGUGCUUGCGCACAGCAAGGAGUUUGUCAGUGGGGUGGAGGAGAUUCGACUCAUCAACGACCGGCUCCUGGAGACGUCCAGCGACUGCAAGAAGGGCCGCAACAUCAUCCGCAAGGCGAAGAAUGCGGCGGCGGAGCAAAUGCAGAUACUGGCGUACCACCGCAAGCGCGGCAACUGUAAGGCGACCUUAGCCCUACUUGAGGCGAUGCGGCAAAUCUGCUCGAAACGCAACGAGCUCCUGACGCUUCUUGAGAGUGGGAACAUUAUUGAGGCCGUGGAGCUGCUGCAGCAGCAUUCCGACGUUGAGCACGAGGAUCGCAUUAGGAAGCUGCACUGCCUGAGCCGCAUCAUUGAUGAGUGGAAGGAGUACCGUGACAACAAGGAGGCACUGAAGCGGUGCCAAGAAGACUCACUGAUGGAGUGUCUGACGGCAAAGUUUAUUCCCUCAAAAUACUGCAACGCCUUUGAGGCCUCACGUGUGCUGGGUACGUCCGACCACGUCUGCGGCCUCAUCGUGCAGACGCUAUGGCAGUCUGCCGUGUACAUUCUCACCAAGUCUCUGAUUGAAGUCUCUGACAUCAAGAAUGAGGACGCCUCCAUUGCAGAUAUUGCCGCGGCGAUUCACCCGGAUCAUUUGAUGCUCUGUCUGUGUCAAAUGUCCGCCAAAAUGAUGGACUUUCUGUUUCUGUUUGCCACUGUACGCAAGCUGCAUAGCGAUUGUAGCGGCACCGAUCACCCUUUCGCCACACUGCAUGCCGCGGCCUUGCGGGAGAUCGCGAAAGUCAGCCAUAAGCUCGGACAGGAUUUGGUAGAGAAAAUUUCCCUGGUUCUGGACAAGCUUCAGCUGGACUCGGUGGACGUGGAGAGGGUGCUGCACGUAUUUUUUGUGGUGAGCAUGCUAAUUGAGGCGAUUUCCGUGUUAGGCCUAGAGAAGCCAGCACAAGCCGCUGCUCGGGCGCGAGUGAAGACGGCCUUGGUGCGGUACAUGACGCAGCAGUUUCAGGAAGUGAGGGCACGACAGAUUUUGCAGUUCAUGGUGGAGGAUACCUGGGUGGUUGGCGACGUGAGCGCGUUGGAGCUGCAGGUUGUGCGGCCGCUGCACCCCGAGACCUACCGGCGCGCGGUGCGGGAGGUGAAGGGCUAUCUCGCGGAGGCCUCCAUUGAGGCCCCCGGCAGUCACGAGAACCCCUUCUACGCCGCACACCUGCUGACGCUGCAGGAUACCUCGCGUAUGGUGCAAACGGAGUCGUUUUGCGAGGAUCUUGCCCGCCGCGGGGCACAGGGGACGCCGUCCAUGUUAACCGCCUCCGCCGUUGCCGUUGCCAACACCUUGCUGGAGUACGUGGCGAGAAUUGUGGCACGUUUUCCACCGCUGGCGGCGGAGACACUUGGCUGGGCAGAGGAUCUCGUUAGCUUAUACGUCUACACGGUGGCCGACAAUUUUGUUUCCAUCUCCCGUGCGGUGCGUCUAGAGAACCAGGUGGAUUUGAGCGAGUUGACGCAGGCGACACUUAUUGAAAUGCGUGCGGCGGCGGAGAGAGCGGCGCGGCAGCCUACAGCCGCCGCCGUUGCCGCCACCGCCCCGUCUCCAUUCGCGGCGGAGGAUGAGCUGCAGGGAUCUUUUCCUCCACGUGUAUGGGGCCGCGUUCGGGGCAUCCUUGCAAGCGAGGCGCAUCAAUUCGCCCUGGUCAACCGGGCGGUGGCGGGGCAGUCGUGUGUGACGCUCGUUUAUGUCCUGGAGGCGACGCUGCGCUCCGUCGCCCCACUGCUGCCGCCGGCAACGGUGGAGCAGCGCAUGCGCCGCUGCGGUGACAUGAGGGCCGCCAGUGAGGAGCUGUUGCAUGUGGGCCUGCACCGCUUGUGUCAUGCCAUUUUUCCCAUGGAGAACGUCACGCAGAGCAUCAGCAAACUGCGCGCGAACGAGAAACUGGUGCAGGCGAGCGCGUAUGUGAGGCUGCUUGUGGAGGACAUGGGAUUGCUCAACGCGAAGCGUCACGCGAUGCCGACGCCGCAGAUGGAGCAACUUUUUAUGAAGCGUUUUGUUUUUGCCGUCCAGACGACGUUGCUGCGAGAAUACGCCAAAUUGGCCAAGAAGAAGCUUUCCGAUGUCUUCAUUAUGCAACUCUCGGUAGAUGCACAAAGUUUCCAGCAGCAAGUAGGGGCGAAGUUUGGCAAGGCGGUGCUCGUCCUGCCGGAUCUCCUUCCAAGCUUCAUAAAGGCCGGAUUUAUUGAAGAUGGGGAGCAGCGUUUGGAGUGGGUACGAAUACAUCACGCGGAUUACUGUGCUGCGGACAUGGUCCAAUGGUUUUCCACAGGUGAUCGUACCUUGAAACUGCGGCUGGAAGACGUACUGGAACAAGUUCGACACCGCGAUGCGAUCCCCGUGUUGCCAUUUCGCUAG